AUGAGGCACCCCAGACGCCACAACAUGUCGCCGUGUUUGUUUCUUUUUUUAGAACAGCUGCUCGUCCUGUUAUUUUUCUGUCAAUUGGGAAAUGCGGAGCAGCUGCCGGAGUGUCGUGACUUGGGACUGUUCCGCCCAACUGCGCACUAUGCGAAUUCACCCACAACGACACCAUUGGAGGUGGUAGGUGGUGACGCCAACGUCACAUGUCUGCUUCGCCCUGGUGCAGAAGUGGCGACUUUGUUGGGUUCUCCCGAGGGACGAUUAUUGAGCCCUCUGCGAGACCGCGUUCGACUCGCCGGGUCGCAUGUGGAACCUGUGGCAAAGAAUUUGAAAAAGAGCCGAGUUGCAUCAUUUCUCCUUCGGGCCAAGCUAUUUUUGUAUCGUUUCUCUGCAUAUCCAUGGGGCGACCCAGCGGCUGUGGAGCGAUUUUUUUUCCAGCGUCGACUCCGAAUCACUUUUGACGUGGAAAACCCUCCAGGUGGAAUGGAAAGCCGCAGCCAACUCCUUAGUCGCGCGGUCUUUGACCAUCUUCUUGCCACCUCCUUUGCACCCACAGCGGAGUUGUUUGAAGGGAAGGGAAAUGCGUCCAACAAAGAUGUUCGCCUUACCUGCAACUUGGGUGAAAUGCUCGCGGCCUAUCGAAAAGCUUCCAAUGAUGUAUCGUUCAUUUCACGUAUGAUGGGCAAUAUUGGUCUUGGCGCCCUGCUUUCCCUUUUCUUUGGUUAUGGCGGUUAUAGUGCUACUGUUAGGAGUGUAGCUGGUGGUGGUGAUGUAUCUCCCGUGUUUUUAGAAACGGCAGAAGGGGGAUCGGUGUAUGUUUUUGAGGAGCUUGGCCCAAACGGUAGAAGCAGUCUGUGGCUGCCGUCAUGGGUGGCGGCGUGGCUUGGCACUCGGCCGAUGGCAUCAACAGAAACACUUUUUCUUGGAAAGGAUGGCCGGCACCGGUUCGUUUACGAAGCUCAAUUGCCCGCCGCAAAUCCCGUGUGUCUUCGUCUGGCCGUUGCGCAUGCAAAAGAACUUGUUAUUCACGUAGAAUAUUUUCUUUUGUUUGAUGUCUUUUGGCUGAAGAUUAUACUUGUUCUCUGCCUGAUACGGUUCUUGCAGCCAUGGAUAGAGGAUGUUCCGGCCUUUCAGGUAUUGCUUGCUGGAAUGGGCGGAACCAUUGUGUUGGUUGGUUUUGUGUUACUCUUUCUAUUUCGGAAGCUGCAAAAUAUGACACUUGGAAAGAUUGGUCUAUUUGCACUUUUAACAGUUGGUGGUUUCUCUGCCCUUGCUGAAAGUCUGUUGAGUGCAUAUGCCGCGUUUCUUUACGCAUAUUUUAACUAUUAUGAGGAGUCUGACCUGAUUUUCUGCCUCAAGUGCGUACUACUUUUGGUAGGUGUAGCCUGUGGCUUCUUUGCGAAGUUCUUUUGGGCAAGUUAUCUUUUUUCACUGACUCGAUGGACAUUGCGGUGGGCCCAACUUGGAACCGUCGCGUGUGCGAUGAUGCAGAACCGUGAGGCAACGAUUGUGUUUCUUGCCACGGCGUAUGUAUUUUAUCCAUCCAGACUGCUUCGCUUCAUAUUGUGGUGCUCGCGAUCGCAGGAGUUGGAAAACCGGGAAAAUGAGCCAAAAGAGAAGUUCCCCGGCUCCGCGAGACGUGAAGUGGCGUACGUGCAGCCGCUUUGUGUUGAGGGUUUUAUUGGUGGCUCCCGGGCACUUAGCUCGGAGGAGAAACUCCGCCUGUACGACGCACUUGGAAAUGAAUACACGCAGCGUGCUCUUGCGCACCUUGCGGAUUCCGUGAAGGAGGACCCGAGGAGGUACGCAUCACGCCUGAAGAAUCCAAGUGACGUUGUGAAGUGGGCACGACAAUACAACUAA